AUGAGCAAACGAGAACUCAUGCGUAAGCAAUCCACCGCUCGAAAACCAGUCAUUAUUACACCACGGUCAUUUGCGUGUCGCCGCGGAUGUAACCGUCACCUUGACGAAUCCGCGUGCGUGACUGCGGCAGUAGGCGCAGUGACUGCGCACGAAACCCCCAAUGAAACCCCCAGAUGUCGCUCCGCGCGGGAGCGACAUGCAAUUAGAAAGUUGCUCAACCAGGCGUUCCAAGGUCACACUACCCUCUACACACAUUUUUGGGAAGAAAAAAUCAUGAUCGUUGUAGAGCGUCCCCGAGACGCAGUCGACGCGGGAACGACUUUGCAAGCGUCAACUUGCCGCCCUCGGGACCCAAGAGUCACCGGGUCGCACCGAUUAGCGUUACGCAAGCGCUUAAGUCCCACAUCGUCAUUGUGGCGUUCUUUAUGGUCAGAAGAGCGCUCCAAAGAGCUUCAAAGCACCAGGUUGAAGUCAUGA